UUUUAUGAGCGGGCACAUUUGAAAUCUAAGCGUAAAACUUUCUUUUCUCAUCGUAAGAACAAUUUCAUAACUUAGAAGUUUGAUUUUUUGAUGAGUUCACUAAUUCCACUACAGUAAUUAUUAAAAUUUCCAAAUAUUUCCCUAAACUCAGAUAAACUGAAGAUGCUUAUGAUGUGUGACAAAAGCAUUGAAAACAAUAACAAACCUUUAACUACUGAAUUAAAUCAUGAUGAAAAAAACAGUGAAAUACAUUCAAUUAUUAUUUAUUUUCAUCCAAUAACUGAUGAAAAAUCUAAUAAUCAAUUUUAUUUACAAGCUUUGCAAGAAUUAUUGAAAUGUAUAACUGAUAAGAAAUUGGAUCUUGUACACUUUGAAACGAGACCACCUUUAACUUUAUCCAAUGCAAACCAAGACAUUCAAUAUUCUUGUUUAAUAACUUUGGAAACAAAUGAAGUAAAUAUGAAUUUAUUGUACGAAGAAUUACGGUGCAACAGUUUUGUUUCUAGAAUAAAUUUACCAAAUAAUCAAGAAUCUCAAUAUUGGUAUCCUAAACACAUUUCUGAUUUGGAUAAAUGUCAACAUCUACUGCUUAAAUUUCAACCUGAAUUACAAACUGAUCAUCCAGGAUUUCAUGACAAAGUUUACAGAGAACGACGAGAAAAUAUAGCGAAAAUAGCAUUUCAUUAUAAAUAUGGUGAUCGUAUACCUGAAGUUGAAUAUACCAAAGAAGAAAUUGAAACUUGGGGCUUGGUUUUCACAAAAAUGAAAGCUGUUCAUGCUUCAAGAGCAUGCAGAGAAUAUAUUGACGGAUUUCAACUCUUAGAAAAAUAUUGUAAUUACAAUUCUGAAAGCAUACCCCAACUGCAAACAAUCUGCGAAUUUAUGCAUCGUACUUCAGGAUUUCGUAUUCGACCUGUUGCUGGUUUAGUUUCACCAAGAGAUUUCUUGGCAAGUUUAGCGUUUAGAGUAUUUCAAUGUACUCAAUAUAUACGUCAUCAUUCACGUCCUAUGCAUACACCAGAACCGGAUUGCAUUCACGAACUCAUUGGUCAUAUGCCUAUGUUAGUAAAUAGAAAAUUUGCUGACUUUUCUCAAGAACUAGGUUUAGCAUCUUUAGGAGCUUCUGAAGAAGAAAUUAUGAGACUAUCAACAUUAUACUGGUUUACUGUUGAAUUCGGCUUAUGUAAUGAAAAUGGUGAAACACGUGCACUAGGUGCUGGAAUUAUGUCAUCAUAUGGUGAAUUGGAAAAUGUAUUUAGUGACCACUCCGUGAAACAACCUUUUGAUAUAAAUAAUGCGGCAGUACAAGUAUACGAUGAUUUUGGUUAUCAAAAUGUUUACUUUGUAACUGAAUCUAUCGAAUCAAUGAAACGGGAACUUCGAAACUACAUAAAUUCAUCUACAAAAUCAACAUUUCCAAUUUACGAUCCAAUCACAGAAACAGUGCAUAUGAAAUCUAGAUUUUCUAUUCGAAAAGAAAUCCUGCAACAUGUGAAAGAAGAGACUGAUCAGUUGGAUACAUUGCUUAAUCAUUCUAACUUGACAUUGUCAUGAAACAUGAUUCUCGAUAUAGAAUCUUUAUCGUAAAUUUAUCAAGUUAAAAAAUAGUCAUUAUAAAACGAUGACUGUAACUAUAUGAAAGUUAUUUGCUACUACUCAGAAACUUCUGUCUGUCUAUUGCUUGUCCAUGAACUAAACUUGACGUUAUUUGUAAUGGAUAGUUUGACAUUAGUUAAAUUACUGAUACCAAUAUCAGUAUGAAACAUAAAUGUUCAGUGAUUUCAUUAUAUUGA